AGACAAAAUUUAUCUUCGAAAAUCGGGAGGCUACAAUUUUCUGUAUCCAGAAAAUGUAAGCUUCCACAUCCUUACUUCUUAGGCAGAAUCUUCAAAGCCAAUCUCAGUUCCUUUGCCGCUUUCAGUUUCGAUCCACUUUCUUUGUCGAUUCGGUUAUAAACCCACAUAUAAUCAAGCAUCUAGCAGGAAGACUAACGAAUUCCAGAAGAAAGGAAGUGUAAAAGGCGAGUGAAGAUUGAACCUGGUGAACUUGGUGUCACCUUUCAAAAAAAAAAAAAAAAUCCAAAAGAUUGAACUUGUUGCUUUGGGGUUUAUCUUGGAAUUCGUAACUGUAAUAAAAAGGAGACAAUUUUGUAUUGAAAUUGUGGGAGAAUGAUGCAAAUUCAAUUACACUCCUUUCCACAUUUCACUCUAACUCCACCCAACCUCUCACCUUCUCCCCACGUUUUCACUUCCUUUUCAUCAAGACACCAGCUUGCCGAACUUGUGGUAAAUGGACAUUUCCCUUCUUGGUCUUUUAAUUCACUCAAAAGGGUAUCUAAAUUUCAAACUAGUUUGAGAAAAUGUGGUGGUCUGGUUAGGGUCAGAUGUGGAGUGGUGGAAGAUGAGAGUGUUGAUGAUGCGUUUUACAUGAGGAGGUGUGUGGAGUUGGCAAGAACUGCGAUUGGCUGCACAAGUCCUAAUCCUAUGGUGGGUUGUGUUAUUGUAAAAGAUGGUAAGAUUGUUGGUGAAGGGUUUCAUCCGAAAGCUGGCCAGCCUCAUGCUGAGGUGUUUGCCUUGAGAAAUGCUGGGGAGUUGGCUGAGAAUGCAACUGCUUAUGUGAGUUUGGAACCAUGUAACCACUUUGGAAGAACUCCACCAUGUACUGAAGCAUUGAUUAAAGCAAAAGUGAAAAGGGUGGUGGUUGGUAUGGUGGAUCCUAACCCAAUUGUAGCUUCAAAGGGGUUGGAUAGACUGCGAGAUGCCGGAAUUGAUGUGACUGUGGGUGUUGAAGAAGAGUUAUGCAAGAGGCUCAUCGAAGCCUAUAUCCAUCAAAUGUUGACUGGGAAGCCUUUUGUUACAUUAAGAUACUCCCUCGCUGUCAAUGGCCACUUUUUGGACCAGCUUGGGGAUGGAGUUACAGAGACUGGUGGAUACUACUCAAAAUUGUUACAGGAAUAUGAUGCAGUGAUACUUUCUGCCUCCUUAACUGAGAAGUCCUCAAUUCCUACAUCACAGGAGCCUGGUGCCAAUCAGCCUCUUCAAAUUAUAGUAGCAAGAAAUCCUUGUCGACUUCCUGGUCUUUCUAAAGAAACUUCUAAGAUGAUAAUAUUUGCAGACAAAAAAACAGCCAUAGAUUCAGAUUUGGCUCAAAAAGGAUUUGAGGCAGUGGUUUUGGAGCGGAUAAAUUUGACUUCAAUUCUAGAACACUGUAAGCACCAGGGUUUAUGUAGUGUUUUGUUGGAUAUGAGGGGCAGCUUUGGUGAGCUUGAAGUACUUCUCAAAGAAGCAAUUGAGCAGAAUGUGUUGCAAAAACUAGUGAUGGAAGUGUUGCCGUUUUGGGAUGAAUCAAAUGGUGGAGACUCACUCGUGGCCUUGAAUAGUCUGGCUGAAAGACUAGAAGUGAAGAAUUUACAAUCCAAGAUUUCAAAUAAAAGCAUUGUGCUUGAGGGAUAUCUUCAACAUAGGUGAUUAAAACAAUGCAACAACUUCUUACUGGCACUUGGCUUUGUUGGUUCUUUGAUGCCAUGGGAUAUCAUUGAGCAACAGACUUCAUGAAGAAAUUAUAUGGACAGUGCUGCUGCAACUCUUCUGGUUUUCUUGCAGAGAAAGGGAGUGGGAUUGGUAGCCCUGUGUCACGAAUGUUGUCCUCUCCAUGUGCUGAUAUGUUUUGUAAUAUUGAAGAAGCAUUCUUACGAACCCCAAAAAGAGUGAGAAUAAGAAUAACAUCAGCUUACAACCACAAUUGAAUUUGAUCUUCAUAGGUCUUAAUGCUGAUAGGAUUCUGUAGAUUCAAAAGUGAAACCAUUUGGAGUGCUCUGUAACAUUGCUAAGAUAGUAUCCAACAGGAGAAUUACUCCUCAA